AUGCCGAAUCAUUUCAACCUGGAGGAGUGCGAAAGAUUCCUCCACGACGAAAACCAGUUUAGUCCAGGAGCGUCGAAACGCAUCGAAAAAUACCUUCAAAUUUCUCGAGAAGGCCUGGACGAGUUUUUGAUUCGUUUCCCAGAGAUGAUUCGAAACGAAGAUCAGUUGUUUUACAUCGUGCGAUUUAUGAGGGCGCAUCACAAGUUCGACACGCAAGAUCACGAAAGAAUUUUCAACAGUAACCUGUUUACAACUAUGGAGAGAAAAGUGACGGAGCUACUCGCUGUAGUGGAGCAAAAAGACCCCCACACGUAUUGGUAUUUGAUACAUGCCCUGCAGUCAAAACAUUCCUCUUUGUAUGAGCAUCUCCACGGAUCUAUAAAAUGUUGUGGUACGUAGAAGAUUUGUGAUUGCAGGCCGAGUUUGAACGUUUAUCAUUUGGUGAGAUAUUGUGGUCCCGAAAUUCAUGAUUCCUUUACCUUCGCAAUGAAUAAUUUUACUUCGAAAUAUUGACGUCAUGGGCAAUUUGUAAUGCACGACUUACAUGAUUCUUGUUAUAUUUGUUGUUAUCUUCGACAAUUACGAUAUUUUGGGGUCUUGCUCUAUAUCAUGUUAUCCAGUUCUCUGUUUUCGAAAUUUUUCCUUCUAAUUCUCUUCUGAAUGCAGAUUAAUUAUCGGUUAUAAAUUGCCUAUCUUUAGCGCGCAACAAAAUUAACAUCAGUCUGUUGACCAAUAUACAUAAGUAACGACAAGUGCAUGUGUUGUUCCAUAUUUACGUACGGGCAAUGGUUGCAUUUUAGAACGUCAACGAACUCUGAAUCAAAUAAUGAAUUUUGUAGUUGGAUAUCCAAGAAGAUAACUAUUUUUCAGUACGAAAGGGACAAUAGUUCUGAGAGAGGUUGUUUUGGUAUAGAGGCCAACUUUGCUAUAAUGGAAAUCAAAACGGGGAAUAAAUGACUAUGACAUUGACACCCACUUUUGUCAUUUCAAGUCAUGUUCAUGUCCAACUUUGUUAUUUGUUUUCUCAUUUCCAACGCGUAAGGACAGCGUUUUAAAUUAUGAAAGAUGUAAGAAUAGCAAAGAACUAUUGUUCAGAAGAUGUUAUUUGUUUUUGACAACCGCAAAACGAAAUUAAUGGCUGAACGGUAGAAAGUAUGUUUUUGAUAUCGAUAUUGGCACAUCACCGAUAAGUUAAUUAUUCAGAAAAACCCCCUUCGAACUCACCUAAGAUUACAACAUCGGUGAAAAUAGAAAUAACACGUGAUUGACACUUGUUGAGCAAUAAGCUCAACAUCACGUGUUAUUUCCAUUUUCAUCGAUGUUUUAAUCUUUGUUGACGUUCGAAAUUGCCGACCCCAGUGGUACAAUAUGCAACAGUACUCGAAAGUCUCUUUGUAAGCCGAACUGAAUUUGACUUUGGAACGACGCAACCUUACGAUUUUUAGUGGUUAAAAAAAGGGUGUUUGUAUACUUUAUGCGAUAAUUGAUCGUCGCACGAUUAUUUCGCUGACUAAAUCAAUAAGGUGAAAAUGUGGCUGUUCAAAAGUCCAAAUUACAGGCCCUGGCAGACGGAAAGAACAGCUUAGUUGUUCCAAAUUAAAACUGCAGUUCCUGACUGAUUCUGAAGCCGAACGUUCAUGCACUCAAUCUGAGUUAUUAGGUUGGCUCAGGAUUAAGAGAAGACGAGUUUAUGUUCUCUCGACUAAGUUUACGUUUUAUUGAUAGAAAAAGAGGCCUCUGCUGCUCGCAGUAAGAAAAUUAUAUCUUUCUUUAGGGAAAUUUUUGUUAAGUACCUCAUCCCUAAGACAAGUAACACAGCUGUUUGAAAAGUUUCACUAUUCUUUUGAUUGCAGUGUGUAAAGAUAUAAAACAUAGAGAGAAAGAGGAGGAGUUACAUUUUUCAGGUGAGAUGAGGAUAUGAUUUUGUUUUACUUGAGUGUGAAUGAGACAAUAGUUUUGAAAGCCUGGAUUAAGCGGAGAAAGGGCGGAAUGGGGGAGAGGAAGAGGAAACAGGAAGUUGCUUUUGGUCAGUUUUAUUUGUAAUUGAUAACAUACUGCGUCUGGAUAAAUGCAAAAUAAAAUGCUUGCUUUGCAGAUUUGGAAAACGAAGGGAAAGUAGUAGUCCCCUUACUUAAAGCUUUGUGUGAAGCAAUUGAGGACAAAGUCUCCACUGGAAGAUCGUUUAUCGAAAAGAUGAGAACUGCGAGGCAAAGUGAGUUCCGUUAAUUCUAGACGCAAUAUACUGUUACAAGUAGUUCAUUAAUUUAGUGAGAGAGUAUACUUCGCACGUGGCUUCGGCGCCAUUUUAAUUGGAAGGGCACAACUAUAAUAAUAUAAGAUAAUAAAAGCAGCGUCGGAUGCACUUCUGAAUUCAUGCAGUUUUGUGUUGCUACAACCACAGCAUGAAAUCGCAAAUUUACGCAUCUUUAACUCUUGCGUAAAGAACGUAAAUGUAAAGCCUCUUCUUUACGGACAAGUUCCGCGUUCCGUAAAGAUGCGUAAAUGCAGGGAAAGCGUAAAGACUGCGUAAAGGAUAGUGAAUGUUCGUUAAGGAUAAGGAAUAAGAUGGAUAUAAUUAACCACUUUCUAUUUAGAGAAAUACUCAAAGAAGUGAAAUAAUUAUUGCUCAUCCAUCUUCCGUAGAAUUACCGUGGUAUUUUGACCAGUUUCGCUUUUAACACUUUACAGGUCUUUAAUAGUAAUAAUAAUAAUACGGUCGCUGUAAAAUAUCGUAAAUAUUCUCUAUACGACUUUUUACAAGGCACGUAAAGAUAGCGUUUUUAGUCUCCCCGUGAUCUUUACGCACUAUCGUUUUCAAUGCGUAAAGAUAAUCUUUACGAAAGUGUAAAGAAGUUCGUAAAGACGCGUAAAGAGGAUCUUAUCGCUUACUUUGCGGCAUCUUUACAGAUUCGUAAAUUUAUAAUUUCAUGCUGUGAUAAUAUGCGUCAUUGGCUUUGGAAGCUAGUGCAUUUAAUUGAAUCGCACGCGGUUUGCCGCGUUUGGCGUCUCUCACGGGUGGCUCUUUUGAUAUUUCAUUGGUUACGAUUUGUAGUUGUAUUAAGCUUUUGCGCAAAUACUAAAACACAUUCUAUAAAUCUUAAUUGAGAUUUUCUUGUUGUAUCAUUUUAUUUUAUAGGAAAGAUCAAAGGUGAAGAUUUAGUAACAAACCGCGCUACUUAUCCUGUGGAUGAUGUUGUUGAGCCAGAGGAUGAGGACUACAUUGAUACCGCGGAAGGUUGGUGAGGAGUAAAUAUCUCCUCAGUUGCUUAUGUUGAUUGUGUUAUAUUCAUGCUACAAAUGAAAAGCCUUGUUUUCCUCUUUUUUUUUUGUUAACCAGGUAUUGGGAUUCAGAGUAAAAGCUAUUAAAAGCUCUCUCCCCCCCCCCCCUUACCGCCUUUAUUAGCCUAGCAUACUAUCUAACUUGCGCUUUCCAAUACUACAAAUGCCUUUCAGGGUUAUCAAUGUUACCUGAAAAUAUAACAUAGAGCCUGUUUUUCAGUACCUAAAUCUUUCCCUCCCCUCUCUCUCAACAGACUUUCCUCCACAGCACUCUCGCAUCGUCGAAUCUAUUGAACCCAAGAAACUCGAAAAAGUGAAAGAUAUCUUGAAUCCUACAAAAGACUGGACACCAGAGUUGGCAGAAGAGAUGCUCCGCACUUGUACCAGGAGGAAGCGAGCCUACAAAGCUGCUUUCAUCGGCUUGUCAGCGAUCACCCUCUUCAUUUUCCAUUCACUUCCGGCAUUUGAUUUUUUGUUCCUGUUUAUUUACUGCAACUUUUUGAUCAUGGUUAUAACCCUCUGA